AAAAGAAAUAAAUGAAAAUAAAUGAAUUAAGAACUCACUAUAGUUCUCCUUAAAAGAAGUAUGAGUUCUUUUUAGAAGACUCAAUAUAUAUGUAGCUACUCAUUGUUAAUAAGAGUGUAUAAUGGUGUUAUAUACAUGUACCAGUUCAUCAUUCAAUAAUGACAAACUGACACUUUGCAGUAUUUGAUUUAGCCCAGCCUUUGAUUUCAUGACAUACAUUAUCAUUUAAAUGUUUGUCUAUCUUGCUUGGCUUUGAAACUUCAAAGCAGUACAUCACACACUUACCCUUCAUAUAAUAGCUGCUAAGUACCCUGGCUGGGGUCCUGGCCAGAGGGGAGCCCCCGGGGUGUGUGAGCGAGGGCCAGCUGGAAACCUCGGCCUCAGCCUGAGCUGGCCACCUCCUCUCCGGGGCUUUCUACCCUCUUCAGGAAUGUGUGAUUCCUUUCCAGCGCUGCCACUACUCAGUUAGAGAGCAGCGCAGCUCUGAUCCACAGUAGCACAGCUGUGGUAUUGUCUGCUCCCCUGGGUGGUGUGUGACAGCGGCUUGCUUGGCCAGCUCCAUUGUAAAUCCUCAUUCACUACAGAGUGCUGGUGUAGGCUUUUUGUAUGCUGUUAUUUAGCCGACGAUUGAUGCUGGCGCCCGUCCGCCCGAUGUUGUAGAACGGAGUGAGUAAACAUGCAGGUUUCAUUUGGUUCUUCAAGGUGAUUAUUCAGAGAUUUUCUUGCAUCCUUGAGGGGAAGUAAAAAGUAUAUAUUUUUUUGCAAUCCUUUUGUUUCGUUUUAAGUGUAAUUUACAACACUUCAAAAAAUUUUUUAAUUGAAUCCUUUCAUUUAGGUUUUUUAAACUUAGCAACAUAUCUAAUUCUAUUUUUGAUGACAGUCAAAUUUAUCACUGAAAAAUGUAUGUAUUUCAGUUUUAGAAGCCAGUUUUGUGAUCUAUAGAUUCAUUACACAUAGUAAUGAGUGUUCAAGUGUUUAUGUUAAUUUUGAUGAUCACAAUGUAUUGCUAAUGAGAAAAAAAAUCUCAUAAAAUUAGAAUAUUACAUAAGGCCAAUAAAAAAUAUCUAUAAUUCAAAAUUAUGUUCUGGUCUCCUCAAUCAUGGAAAAUACUGCUGGCUUGACAGAGGGUAAGCUACAAAAGGUAACUGCUGUUCUUACAUUUUUAGAGCCAAGAAUUUUGAUGGAAAGUUUAGUGGAAGGAAAUCCAUGAUAGAACAAAUUGCACCAGCAACAGAGAUUGAGGCUCCCUCAAACUGGCUGCUUAUCUAGUUAGCUAUUUUUUUUAAUUUUUGCAUCUAUGUUGGGUAGGUUUAAAUUUAUUGACUGUUUGCUGGACAACAUUUGUCUUCUUCACUGGCUUACUUCUUGCCAACCUAUACAAUGUUAUGUGCAUUCUGUGCAAAAAAAGCUUGGUACUACUACAAUGUAAAAUAUGCAAUUUUCUCUUGUACAUUUCAGUCGUGAAACAGGUCUUAAAUGUUUUUCAUAUUAGUCUUUAAAAGGUCUUAAAAAGCCUUAAAUAUGAGUUGAUGAAACCCUGUUUUUUUGUCUUGGUUUUAUGCAAUAUUCACAUCAAAAUAACAGAAAUAAAUACUUAAAAUAUAUCUCUCAUUAGGCUUUGAAUUUAUUUGCUGUAUGAGUUUCUCAUUGUUGACUGUUGUCACUUUCCUGCUGAGUCUCAACCAGCCCAUUGUCACUGAGCAGCAGCCUGCUCUGCACCGACUGCUGAUAACAGGGAACACGGCCAUGCCCAUGUCAGGAUGUGUCCUGUUCAUACCCAAGAAGACCCGGGAGGACCCAGCCUGCAGGAGUGAGCUGUGGAAAUGCCCAGGAGGCUGACUGGGACCCAGGUGGUCCUGCUCACACAGACAGGUUGACAGGUCCUGGACCCGGUGCGGUCCUGGCUGGAGGACUGUUCGCUGUGUCCAGGCUCAGCUGGCAGUGGUCGAUGGUGGCAGAAGUCUUCACCCUCAACAACCUUUUCGUCGGCGCUCUCUUCUUCUUGACGGCCAGCUUCCACUGUGCUGAAAACUCCUGGCAGAGGACGAAGAUUGCGCAUUGGGGCGCAUUUUGCUGUGGCCUGGGGCUGUGCAAUCAACACACUCUGGUCAUGUAUGUGCUGAUCAUCAUUCCCUGGGUCCUUUACCGACUCUUUACUCUAAAGGAGCUGUCUUUUUUGGGCCUUGUAUCUCUGGGAUUUUGUUUCAUCGCUGGUUUUUUCCCGUACAUCUACCUACCCAUCUCAUCCUACCUCAACAGCGCCCGCUGGAGCUGGGGGGACCAAACUACCGUUUCCGGUUUGCUGACUCAUCUACUGAGGGCAGAGUAUGGGACAUUUAGCCUUGCAAACACAGAGACCUCUGUGAGUCUGAGCUCAAUGCUGCAGGCCCAGCUGGACCACUGCCUGGCGGAUCUCUCUCCUCCUGUUUUGGUUCUGGCAGGAAUAGGCCUUCUCUUCUCCUUGUGGGACAGGACCUGCUGCUCAGUUUCCUGGCUGUUGACUGCAAUGCUGCUUGUCUACUCUCUGUUUUUUGCAUGGAGAGCUAACCUGGACAUUAGCAGACCGUUACUGCUUGGAGUGGUGGAGCGUUUUUGGCUCCAGAGCGAUGCUGCAGUUUGUGUUCUGGCCGGCCUCGGUUUGAGCCACGCUCACAGUAAGAUGGAGAGGUGGCUGGGACACGGGGGGCUGUGGAAGACCAUCGGCUGGGUCUUCGCUUUAGCUCUGCUGGGACAAAUGGGACGCACCAACCACAGGGAGUGUGACCAGAGCAGGAACGAUGUGGUGGAGCGGUUCGGUAGGGAGCUGCUGGCCUCCUUCCCAAAAGACUCACUCAUCCUGACCAGAGGAGACCUGCCAGGAAACUCUCUGCGCUACCUGCACUACUGCCAGGACAUCCGGCCUGAUAUCCGCCUGGUCGACCAGGAGAUGAUGACAUAUUCUUGGUAUGUGACCAAGCUGGGGGAGCAUCUUCCUGGGGUACAUUUUCCUGGCCGAAGGUGGGACCCGGUCCAAUCUGAAGAAAAGAACACCUUUAGUCUCGAGCGGUUCCUGUCCCACAACACACGGAGGGAUGUGUUUGCCUGCAUCGGCCUGACUGAUGGAGAUCCCAGCUGGGAACGUAGCUUCUCUCGUUGGCCUUUGGGUGUGUGUGACUACCUGGUUCCGCUUCAGAGGCAGUUUCACCCAGAACGCUGGGCCGAGCGCACCCGCCGCCUCUAUAACUGGAGUGAGCCACACAACAGUUUUCCUCCUGCGUCCUGGGAGCGCGUUGCUAACGAGGAGAUGUGGCAAGCGAGGAUGAAGACGGCUUUCUUUCUGUUUGACCUGGCAGAGAGGACGCAGGGAGAGGGGAAAGCGCGUCUCUUUGAGCUGUCUUACACUCUGUAUAAAGAAAUUGUUGAGGCCCAAUCAGAUUACCCUCCAAACUGGGACAAGAACCUGGCUCUGGCAUGUGAGAGGCUGCUCCGCUCAGCCCAACGGGGCUACAGUCCAGACCACCUGCUGACCUGCAGCGUUCAACACUUUAGUCUCUACCUGGAGAAAGAGCCCACCGAUCCCCAGGCGGCGGUCAUACGCUCAGCCGUUUCCCACCUGCUCAAGGAGAGAGACAGACUGCGCCAGAGCCGGAAACAAACUCUAUGAUGGAGUCCUGGAAAACCGUCAUGGAGCUGAGAUGCCAAGAGCUUGCUCCAAACUUGAUGAAAGUGCACUGCUGUGGGAAUUAUCAUGUAUUUUUACAUUAAAUGUUUAAUUUUGUGACUUUA